GUAUGGGUGUGUCUUUUGACAACGCCGUCUGCUUCUUCGCCAGUGGCAGUGCUCCAUGCGUUGCAUCCCGUCACCACCUCUGCCCUCCGCCGUCCGCUCCUUUCGACUAUCUCAUAAUUCCACCCUCCGUGUUUGUUCUCCGCCGCCGUGUUAUUGCCAGCACGCGGCCGUUGUUGGGCGCAGCGAGCGACCUCCGCCACCACUGGAAGCGCCAUUGGAAGCUGGCCGGGUUGCACAUACACCCCUACCACACAAAGAAUACGGGAAUAGGCUGAACUGUGGCGGAGCUCAGGCCGGGCCAUCGUAUUCACCAUUGCAUCUUCAUAUGCUGUGCUGCGCCAGGACUCCGCAUGAUUUGCAGCGCAAAGAGAGCGCAACACAAACAUCAUGGGUCCGCGACCCACGCACCUGAACCUGCGGGAUACCAAGGCAGAUAAUGGACAGGAUGAAGUCUUCGACAAGCCGCGAAUGCCCUUCUUGGGCAGAGACCUGCCGUCACCGCGCGCGGGCGAGGUGCCACCGGCCAUGUCGCCGCUGGACUUCAUCGCGAUGCAGAGCAGGAUGUUGAAGCAGCAGUUGGCUGAGGAGAAGAGACGCGAGGAGCAAGCUGGGCGCAGAGUGAGCAGACUGGAUCACAAGUUGGUGGAGAAAGAGUUCAGAAACCGACCAGACUUCUUCCGGUCAAUCAGCGACCAGAGCAGGAUGACGGACGUGGAAGAGGAAGAAGAGGACAUCACCAGCCCGCAGUCGCAGGGCGGCAGCCAGCCCUCGACACAGACUCCUGACAGCCAAAGGCCAGUGAGUUAUUAUCCAACUCUCGAUCGCGCGUCGUACAUUACGGACGACGACGCGCCCGAUGUGCCUGCUCUACCCACCCCGUUCUACGAUGCGCAGGAAGGCGCCGAACCAGAGUCGCAGACAGCCGGGAAGAGCGAGCAAGACUACUUUGGCAUCCCACGAGCAACAUCCCCAGAACCCGUGGAGCCCAAUGUCAACGUCCAGGCGCCGUCACCGAACGUGCCACCGAGUUUGACGGACAGCAUCGAUACAAUAUCCUCACAUCCCAGGACCAGGACGAACGACUCGCAGCGAUCGCAGAGAUCACUCCAGUCGCAAAGAUCGGAGAAGGAACGAGGCCUUGCGCCGCCUCAGUCGCCUCGCUAUCCUAGAUCACCCAGAAGCUUUCAGAGCAUUCGAUCUGUACCGCCUGACAGCGGCGACGAAGAUGCUGCUUCUGCGAAUGAGUCAACUGGCCAUCCCUCUGCACGCAAGCUAUCUGGCAGCAGCAACAUGUCUCGACCGCAAUCGCCUUUCUCGCCUUGGAUGCAGCCAAUGCACAGGUCGCCUUCGAUGACAUCCGAGUAUUCCAUUAAUGGUUCGCAGCAGAUGCAUCGCCCCUCUGCCGCCUUCAACAAUUUCUCAAGGCCGAUGAGUAGUUCUGGUAGGCCUUCUUCAGACGCUAUGCGGCCCAGGCCAUCGUUCGAGAGCCGGCCUUCCUUUGACCAAAGACCGCAAAUUCCCCAUAGGCAGGCUUCGGAUAGGAGUAGCAGCACUGAAGCGUCUUACAAGCAAGCCGUUUCGCGCGGCAACUCUGGUGACGAUUCGAAGCCGGCUCCGAAGUUGGACAUCCGAAUUCCCCAAUAUCUACGUAGCAGUAGUGUUGUGGAUGUGGCCAGUCCUACUCUGCAUGGUCAGCCGAUCGGAGGUUUUCCAGAAGACGGAUCCGUGACACCGGGUGGCACUAGUUCAUCGUCCUACAUCUACGCGAAAUAUGCUCUUCCACGAGGCAGACCUGUUGACCGAGACUCAACAGCUUUCCGAGACUCCUGGAUUCAAAAGCAGUUCGAAUGGGACACCAAGCACGGCCGCACUCCAUCACAAGAAGUGCGCGGCCAUGAACGCAACCAAUCCGACAGCCCCAUGUUUGAGGGCCAUUCUUCACCCGCACUAUCAGAUGCUCCGCGGCAGGGCCGAAGUCUCGCACCAGAGGCCAGCAUAAUUAGGAGUCAAUCUGCGGACCCGCGCGCAAGAGACGUGGCGCAUAAGAUCUCUGUAGACCGCUCACCACUGCAUCAAUCAGAAGUUGCUUCACUGCAUACACCUUCUGUGAACACAGAGAGCACAGAUCGCACGAUCAAGCCUCUUCACAAGAAGGCACUUUCUGCAGAUGUCACGCCCGAAGAACACCUCGACAUUGGUAUCGAAGCCCACGAUGCAGGGGCCACGAACAAAUCGACUUAUCACUUGCGAUUGGCGGCACUUGCCGGUCUACCGACCGCCAUGCUUUUGUAUGCGCUCGCCUGUCGACACGGCUGGGGUAUGCGCCCGAAUCAAGCAGAAGGUGUCAAGUGGCUGCGGAAGGCCAUUGACACUGCAGGGCUCGACGUUGCAGAUGCGGAGGAGAAGCUAAAUUCAACCAAUGGCAGCGGCAAGAAACUUGACCCGGCCGAGAGGAAGAAGAGAAAGGCCCAAUACGCUCUUGCGAUAUACGAGCUCGGCAUCUCUUCCAUGAACGGCUGGGGCUGUACCAAAGACAAAGCUCUCGCAGUGCGAUGUUAUGAGAUUGCCGGCUCUUGGGGAGAUGUUGAUGCCCUUGCCGAAGCUGCUUUCUGCUAUACGCAAGGCGUCGGUGUCAAGAAGGAUUUGAAGAGAGCCGCAGCCUUGUACAGGAAAGCGGCUGACAUGGGCAUGAGCAUGGCUGGUAACAGCUGGAUCUACAAAGCCAAAUACAUGGACAACAGCAAUGUCUCCAUUAUAUCUGGUGAUCUUUCGUCGAAAGACAAGUCCGAUAAGAAGGACAAGAAACCCGAACCUCCCCCGAUACCCGCCGACGACGGCCGCGGCGAACGACCUCCUGCUGGUGGACGAAGCCGAUCGAGGUCAAUAUGGGGCAAGAGGAAACCAGAGAAAUCAUGAUGCCUUUCCUGAAACCCCGCCCAAUCGCUCGCCCGGCCGCAGACGAAAAUCGCGCUCGUUCGCCUCACGCUGGUCUUCUUACAUUUUAUCCCUUUGUUCCAGGAACUUUUUCUACACCUUCCCAGGAAGCGACACGCGACUUUUCCGGUCGCUCUGGUUUUCACAUUACCGGCUAAUGUAUAUUUUCUAUUGUCUUAUAUUCACUCACCAUGCGACGGCCGUGACACUUGAAUUCUUUUGACUUUUUGGGGUGAGAGGUGGGAAUUUCAUCGAGUCUAGAUUUCUUCAUCAGCUUGGGAAAGGCGGCAAGCUAGUCGAUGGACGUUCGUUGUUGAGACUCGGGCGAGUCGAGAUUUGGGUAGCUGAGAGUUUCAUGAGAGAGUGAGGAGGAAAAAAAGCGCUGUCUCUCAGCCAAAAGUUUGGCGGAGAUAUAGAGAAAAACAGAACGGCUCCUGGAUGUUUUCCGACCUAGGAAAUGUGAACUCAGGGAAGUCGCGGCGCAGGAAAGGAAAUCGCACUACGGAAGAAAGAGAGUCUUCGUCAUCAUCAGAUCAGUAUUUCGAAUAUCAGUUCGAAUGUCAGUCCACAGACGCG